ACCCUUGAUCUCAGUUGUUGCAGCCUUCGAUCUCAACUAACUGCUACGAAGACCGAGGCCAACAAUCAGCUGAUCAUGGUCAAAGCGGAAGCCGAAGACCUGCGGAACCAACUGACCAAUGCAAUGGAACACACCAAUUUCUUUCCGCCCCGUCCAUCCUCCAAGGAGAUUAUGGUCAUGACUGAGGAAAACCUCUACCUCAAAUCGCGUCUGGAUCAGGUGAGUCUGGAGCUGCAGCAAAUGAAAAACACCAAUGCCUUUCAACAGUCCGAACUCACGACCCUGCGAGCCAACCGCUUGGAGCAACAGUUGAAUAACCGCAACAAUCUCACAAACUUGAACAACCUCCGUCUGCGCAACGCCCAACUUGAAGCUCAGUUACAGCAAUGCACGUUGGAGUUGGAGAUUGUCAACGGGCGGAAUCAGGAGUAUGCCUCGGCGCUCACUGGACUGCAAGCUGAGCGUCUAGAUCAGGACAGGAAACAGGCUCGACUCAUCUCCAGCAUUCAAUUCCAAUUCGGUGACCUGAAUGCCGAGAAGCAUCGCCUGUCCGACGCGAUCCUGAAGCAGCGCACCUCGGCCAUGUGCUCCCUCAGCGAACUGCAGGCGCAGGUCGUCCGACUGACGCAGGACCUGUCCGCAGCCCUGUCCGAGGCCGCGGCGUCUCGCCAGCGCGCCGACCGGCUGGCCGCCCAGGUCGAGAAACUGACAGCUGCCGCCGCCGAUGUCGUCGUCGUAGCCGAGCCCCCGUCCGUUGACGUCGUGGCCAAACUUGAGUCCGAUUACGCUCGUGCCGAGGCCGAUGCGUGCGAAGCAAGGCGACAGCUGGAACUCGCACAGACCACCCUGAUACAGACGGAGUCCGUGUUAGCGCGACUGCAGAGAUCGAUUGAGGAAGAGGAAGGCACUUGGCGUAGUCGUCUCGCCGCCGCGUUAGCGGAGAACGCUUGUCUCAAGGAAGAACUGGCCUUAUUUCACCAGGAUUCCGAGGCCCGCAGUGCCUCUUCCGGUGACGAAAGUUCGUCGUCUUUGAAGGCUGACGCACACUCAAGCGAGCCCAACGGUACACUUCAGUGGGACGAGUCCUCCGCGGACAGCGCAGCACCGGCCAUCGUGAGGGUUGUCAGCGACUCCUCACAACACCUCUUCUCUCCUUCCUCCCUGGCUGCCAGGAUUUAA